AUGUCAAAAAUCACCAAACAAGAAUUCGAAAAUUAUAAUAAGCAACUUUUCUCCAUUUUUGCUCGAAUGAUGGCUACUUCUGAAUUUCAAAAUGCGAGCAAGGAGGAACAAGAAAGGUGUGAAAAGUUUUUUGGCUUACUUCUCGACCAAAUCCAGUCAGGUAAUAUUUUUGCCCUUUGUGCUUCUUGUAAAAUGGCCGAAGAUGUUUUAAACGAAGAUGUCUCUACCAUUAAAAGACGGGCCAAAGAGCACAUUAUCGCCCGCGGCUACUAUAAUCCUGCUUCUCCACUAACUCUUGCUGAAUUUAGAGAGAGAAAAAAAAAAUUAGGCUACGAAAAAUUUGGGAAACUUUGA